UCAAUAAUAUAACAAAUAAUUCAAUGUUAAUAAUCACCCGUCACUGUAACAUACAAAUAAUGAUUAAAAGAUCUGAAAUAAAAAUCCUUGGAGUUCAUUUCUUCACCAUGACCGGCGCAACGAAAUAAACACAAAUAAUGCGUAUAAUGGCAUUGCGUUAAAAUGACGCUUUGCUUGGCAACGAGAAUAUCAUAUUAUGUAGUGUGUAAGAGAAGUAGGAGACCGAAAAUGAGACGGAGACAACUAAUCACAAAGUACACUAUCCUGAAAAUGUCUGUCAGGCACUCCCUCAAUGAGAUGAGAAAUUAUUCUUACAAUGAUCAAAGCUACCGCCUGCUGAGUUUACAAACCUGGACGAUAACUGCAAAAGCAUACUGCUCAUUUUCCAAUUCGAGUUGUUUGAAAGUUGUAAAACCUUAUUUAUUCCUUCAAUAAUAUUGUUCCAGGUCCGUUUUCAAAUUUCAACCGACGACGAUGCCAAUGUGAACUUAUUCCAUAAAAAUGGAGUCUGGAUACUGGAAAAGACAACAUCCAGAAAUCAGAUCGUUGAAUUAUGUUGCUACAAUAUCUCUUUGUCCUCAGUCCAGUUUAUCCUGCAAAUCCGCCGUGAAUCGAGUUUCUACACUCGUACUGUCGUUGUCCCAUGUAUUCUCCUGACGGCGUUGAUGGCGCUCGUCUGUUGGCUUCAUCCAGCGUCUGGUGAGAAGGUGACCUUGGCGGUCAGUAACCUUCUGGCAUUGAUCCUCUUCCAGCAGCUCGUGGCCGAUAGACUGCCACCAAGCGGUGAGACUACGUCCAUCAUUGUGAUUUUCUUCACCGUGAUGAUUGGGUUGAGCUGUGCAGAGGUGGUCUGCUCCAUCAUUGUCCUGCGACUCUACCAUACCGGUGGAAGGCGGCAGAUACCCAACUGGUUGAGACGCACGAUGCUUCACCCGUUCAUCAUGCGUCUCUACACGAACGCAGAGUGUACCGCCAUGUUGCGUGCCGAGGAUAAGGCCAACGAACUCCUGAUUAUGAAUUCACUGAGUAAUCCGACUCAACAAAACAACACCAUCAUCUCAACACAAAACCAAGAAAACGGGAUGUACGAGGAAAAGAAAACAAACGGUGUCGUCCAAACCAUCAGCCAACCGCCGGAAGUCGACACUGUGAGCAUGCGCUAUGACCUGGAAGUGGUUAACCGGACGUGGCAGGAAGUGGCCAUCGUCUGCGACAAGUUCUUGUUUAUUCUUCUGCUACUGGUCACUUUUGUCGCUUGGUUGUAUCUUCUUGUUAGCUUUCUGACGAUGAAACAAUGGUAACAGGCAGGAGAAGAUGAGAAUUACCUCAUGAUAAUAUACCCUUGCCUACGUUGUAACUGUAAUAAGUUGUCAAGAAAUAUUAGUUUUAUGCGACGCAUUCAGUAUCUCUUGCCUAAGCAAGUACUAGUAAUGAUUUAAAUUAAUCCCUUUUAACCUCACAUUGACUCCUGCAAUAUUAAUAGAGUUCAAUAAUUGCAAAAGCGCUAUGCGAGACUUAUGCUACAUGCCUAUUUGUGUAAAAGUGGCAAAAUGCCUGGGUAUCAUGAUAGACGAGGAGUUACGUUGGGCGGAACAUGUGGAAAAAGUUAUAAAAACUGCUCAAAAAAUACAAGUGUAAUUGAGCGAGCCAAACGUUAUGUUCCAACAAGAUCUCAGAAACUUCUAUAUAAUGCCAUCGUACUUCCUUAAUUUGAUUAUUGUUCCUCGGUUCUAUCAAGACGUCACCUACUUUGAACAUUUUUAAACACAAUCUAAAAGCCCUGUUAUCUGCAGAUGACAUGUAAGUUAACCUUUGGGUUUUUUUUCGUGCGAAGCUAACCAAUUUUUCCUAAUUGCAAAAUUACUAAAGGUUGAUAUGGUUAACCCUAUAUCCUGCAUACAUACAUGUAAUUUAUCCAUUUUCAGAUACCUUGUAAACAACCUACGUGUAUAAGUUAGAGAGCAAUCGAAUGUAAAUAUGUACUUGCUCUCGGUUCCCAGGAGUCGUACACGCUUUGGGGAUCGAUCUUUUUCUGUUUCCGCACCACGUCUCUGGAACAAUCUCCCUCAGGCUGUACGAUCUUCUCCUUCUCUCGCUAUCUUUCAACGUUCCUUGAAAACCUUUCUCUUUAAUAGUUGAAUUUAUAUAUUUUUGUGUACGUAAUUUUAUUGUUUGCUAUCAAUGUCAAUUAAGUAAUGUAAUGUUGUAAAGCGCUGUGAUACACAUGUAUGUCUGUAAGAGCGCUAUAUAAAUGCCAAUAUUAUUAUUAUUAUUAUUACAGUAUAUAACAAUGUUGGUAUCCCGUGCCCGUGUGUUAAGCUUUAUCAGAUUAGUAAAAAUGUAUGUUUUCAAUCAUUUUGUUGACUUUCUUUUAAAUACGUGGUUAUCAUCUAUUCUUCAUUUUUUUCUCCAUAGUUGAAUUUAAUUUCUAUUAAAAUUGAAAAUUCCAUACACACAUUUCUUGUAAUGAAUCAAGUAUAAUUAUUGAAUGAUCAGUUAUUUCAUGAGGAUACCAAUACAUUUGUACUUCACCUGUUCAUAUGCUUGUGUAUUAAUCUGUUGUUUUUGCUGCUGUUAUUUUGUUUUAUUCUUACCAAACAGGGCCUCAUUGAAGACCACCAAAUUGGUGAUAUUUCCCACCCUGUAUAAAUAUCUGAAAUAAAUAGAUAAAUAUCAUCUUUACUUUCUUUCACGAGGCGAUGUAAAUACUUUACCAUUAUAAAUGCACUCGCAUCCAUUUUAUCGUAUCAAAUUUGAAUAUAAUAUUUUGGUAAACAAUCUUUAGGAGUUAAGAUUUAUUUCCGUUCUUUUAAAUCUUAACCUUGUAUAUUUCGUAUUAUAUUUU